GCAGUUCGUAAUCAGUACAUAACGGAAUCAAAACAAUACGCGUCGUCGCCGUCGUGAACCGUUCACGUUUCGGUCGUGAUAGUUUUGUUCUCCGGAUUUGUUCCGGUCACGCGGCCGUGAUGUCCAUGUUCAACUCGUUCGAGCUGCGUGCCUUCGGGACCAGCACCAGCAUUCCGCUGCCUCUGCUGGUCAACGUGGCCAUUUCCGUGGGCGCUUACUACGUCGGCCAGAGCUUGAUUCCCAGGAUGAAGACCAUGUUCCUGAGCGCGAAUCUCGCCGGGGUCGACAUGAACAAAAAGUCCAAGGCGAAAAUUCCUGAAGCCCUUGGAGUCGUCACAGGAUGUAUCUUCCUCGUAUCGUUAUUUCUGUUCAUUCCUGUCCCAUUUAUGGGCAGUUUUUCCAAGAAUGACUUGGAAGAAUUUCCUCAUGAUAAGUUUGUAGAGUUCAUCGCAGCAAUGCUCUCAAUUUGCUGCAUGAUCCUGCUGGGAUUCGCUGACGAUGUCCUCAACCUGCGCUGGAGAGACAAACUCUACCUGCCCACGGUGGCCUCGUUGCCGCUACUCAUGGUUUACUACACCAACUUCAACUCCACGACCAUCAUCCUGCCCCGGAUCGUUUCCCAAUUUCUGGGAAUGUCCGUAAACAUCGGGGUGCUCUACUACGUGUACAUGGGCAUGCUGGCGGUGUUUUGCACCAACGCGAUCAACAUCCUGGCCGGAAUCAACGGGCUCGAGACGUGCCAGUCGCUGGUGAUUGCCGGCUCGAUUGUGGUGUUUAAUUUGGUGGAAAUUCUUUCCGGACGGUGCCGCGAGGAGUACGAGUUUUCGCUGUACAUUAUGUUGCCGUACAUUGGGAGCACGCUGGCGCUGUGGAAGUACAAUCGCUACCCCUCGCAGGUGUUCGUCGGCGACACGUUCAACUACCUGUCCGGCAUGACGUUCGCCGUGGUCGGCAUCCUGGGCCACUUUAGCAAAACCGUGCUGCUGUUCUUCAUCCCGCAGAUCAUCAACUUUGUCUACUCGGUGCCGCAGCUGUUCCGCUUCAUUCCGUGCCCGCGCCACCGGCUGCCCAAGUACGACCCCGCGUCGGACCUGCUACACUGCAGCAAAACCCAGUUCCGCGUGGGUGACCUCAACGUGCUGGGCCGGGUGUGCUUCGCGGUGUUCCGCACGCUGCGGCUGAUCCGCUGCGAGGAGUCCGAGGACGGCGUCGUGAGCUGUAACAAUUUCACCAUCAUCAACUUUGCCAUCCUGCUGACUGGUCCGAUACGCGAGGACCGUCUGAACCGGCUGCUGGUGGUGUUCCAGGUGGUGUGCUCGCUGUUUGCCUUCGCCAUUCGGUAUCCGCUGGCGCACUACUUUUACGAUACCAUCAACUGAGGGAGAUGAGCUAUCUGGCUACAAGAUCUAAUCCGGAUUAGUGGAAAACCAAAG